AAAAAGCAUGAAGUGGACAGAAGACAGAAUAGAGAGGAGGAGCCAGCAGAUGCGAUAGGAGGGCUCUUCCUGAGUUGAGCUGUUUGCUGUGACCUGCUGUCUGCUUUCUCCACUCAAAGAACUAUGGACUAAAAACAGAACUUAACUUUACAAAGAUUUGAGCAACAUUGGAGCUUUGGGUUUCUUCAUGUUUUUGCAGCCAAAACUCACUCUCAACUGAGGAAAGAAAAGCUGGUGGGAAAAAAAGAGAUGAGUGACCAAGACAGCAGCACCUCGGCCUCGCAAACAGAGGGAGAAGUUGAGGAAGAAGUUGAGGGAGAAGUUGAGGGAGAGAUGGACGGAGAAAUGAAAGGUGGUGGUGAAGAAGAAGAAGGUGAAAAACACAGGGACAGUCCGGCCCCCGGUCUGUCCAGCUUCUCCACGUCCCUAAGCGCCGUCAUGCGCAUCAAACAGAAGUACCGGGCCAUGAAGAAGAGGCGGCAGGACUUGGCCCUGGGGUUGGCAGCAGACGGGCCCCUCACGGGAGCUCCCCCCAGAUCCAGCCCCAAAAUCUUCACCUUCGACGGACUCACCCCGUCCAGCUUGUCGUCCUCUGUCCCGCAGUGGAACAAGAGAAGGAAGAGGAAACGGGUGUUGUAUCCCAACAGAGGGGGGUGCAGGGCGCCUCCGAAACAGGAGCGCAGCCGAGCCAAAUACUGCCUCGUCCUGCUCUGUGCCAUUGUCUUCAUCCAGGUGUACAACGCCAUCGAGAACCUCGAUGACCACGUUCUCAGGUACGACCUGGACGGGCUGGAGAAGACGCUGAGGCGAGAGGUGUUUGGGCAGCAGGGAGCCGUGGAGGGUCUGCUGUCCCACCUGAAGGACUACCUGUCCACCUACGUCCACAACAAGCCCCUGGUGGUGUCCCUGCACGGCCCCAGCGGCGUGGGCAAGAGCCACCUGGGGCGCCUCCUGGCGGGACACUUCCGCUCGGUGGUUGGGGAGACGCUGGUGCUGCAGUACUACGUCCUCCACCACUGCCCCCAGGAGGCGGAUGCACUGCAGUGCGCCGGCGACCUGGCCGCCCUCAUCGCGCAGAUGGUGGAACGCGCCGAGGAGGAGGAGAAGAUCCCGCUCUUCAUCUUCGACGAGGCGGAGCACAUGCACGGCGAGAUCCUGGACGCCCUGCUGCAGCUCGUGGCCUCCAAACAGUCCAACGAGUACCUGAACGCCAUCUACCUGUUCCUGAGCAACCUGGGCCACACGCACAUCACCAAACACAUGCUCUACAACUCCUCCAGUAAUUCUAUGGCGGCGGCGGCGUCGUCGUCGUCGUCGUCGUCGGGUCGUCAUAGCCACCUCGUGAAAGAGCUGACUCCGAUAUUACGCAGCACCCUGGCGAAGCUUCACCCGCUGUGGACAGAGGCGGACGUUUUACCUCUGGGCCUUUUGGAGAAAGGCCACGUGAUGGAGUGCUUCCUGGACGAAAUGACUCGAGAGGGCUUCUACCCGGAUCAUACCAACAUAGAGAGGCUCGCGGGGGAGAUUGAAUAUUACCCCGAGGCAGGAGGGCACCAAUACUCCCAGACGGGCUGCAAGCAAGUGGUCGCUAAAGUCAACCUGCUGUGAAAUCCCUCCGCAGGAAAUGUCUGAAUGUUUCACAUUCUUUGACGGAUGAAGAAAUGGCCUCGCUGGGAGCGAGUGAGGUUACGUGGUUAUGAAACUUCAAUGACACAACUCGGAGCCACAGCUUUUCAAGAGCCGUCUUGUAAGAGUGUGGUGUGUGUGUG